AUGCUUCGGCCUCCACCACCUCAUCCUCCCACCACCACGACUGUCGUCGCCUCCUCCCCAAACCCUGUAAACUACCAACAUCAAGCUAGAGUUCACAAACCCGUGAACCCACACCCCACAGCAUCUACCAUCUCUUCCUCGAAUUCACCUCAAAUCCAUGAACCCAAACCCGAAUUGCAAGCCCUAAUUCGAGAAUUCUCUGUAAAUUCUUCUGCUCAUUCUCACUGGAAGCAUAGUAUUGGAAGUGAUGGUGGCAAUAAGGAAAAUAAAGCUCACAUUCAGAGGAUUAUUGCAGCUGGAAAGGCUCUUGCAAAUGUGGUCUGGAUUGGGAAGGAGGUUAUUGUCUUCAACCCAUCUAAGACUGAGAAGCAUGUGAGUGAAUUCGCUUUAAAGUUAACUUCUUCAGAGGUUCCUGCUUCCACUGUUGGUGAUGACAUGAUUCAUUGUGGAAAUUUUCUGUAA